UUAUCUACAAGGCCUUCGUUUGUCUUGUUCCUUCCCUCCCCCUGCAGUUCCCCAUGGCGCAACUUAGCAAUUUCUCACUCCGCCAACGAUCCGCCAUAGCAACGAGACAAAGUCAAUGCUAACGUGCGCCGCCCACCGUCGCUUUCUUCCUUCUCUCCCCUCCGUCGCAUCUGGAAAGAUGGACGAACGAAAAUGGAAAAGUUGCUGAUCGUCCUCGGAGUUAGGCUUUUGGAGGAUCCAAUGUCGUUUUUGUAAUCGAUUUCUGGUGCGUUCUUCUGAGAGUAUUGCGAUCAUUAUCCGCUAGAAUUGCGGUUUGCCUUUGCCGUUACCAAAUCCUCUGCUCUUCUGUGCUCCGCCGUGGUUGUUCUUAGGGUUUCGGAGUGAGAGGAAGUUGCUGCUGUUUCUGAAUAAGUUUUUGAGUUUAUGAAAAUGUUCGGGUUUCGAAGGCGAAUGAAGCUUGGAAGAUUGAAAGUCCAGCUUUCGGAUCCUGCUCAGGGAACUAGGAGUCCUAUAAGACACCCCAAACGAGUCAGCAACUCUAAUAGUGAAUGUGCUGCGGCCGCAAGUAGGCAUUCUGAAGAGCAUGAUGGCCAACGUGCUUCUGAAUCUGACGUUCCUGAUGGUAGUAAUGGUGCUCCGGGACAGUCUGAGAAUUGGAUGGUCUUGUCAAUUGCCGGGGAAAAACCAGCACCUCGUUUCAAUCAUGCCGCAACUGUGAUUGGAAAUAAGAUGAUUGUUGUUGGUGGUGAAUCUGGGAAUGGAUUAUUAGAUGAUGUACAGGUGCUUAAUUUUGAUAAAUUUACCUGGAGUAGAGCCUCAUCAAAGCUUUACUUAUCACCUAGCUCUCUGCCGUUGAAGAUCCCUGCAUGCAAGGGCCAUAGCCUGGUUUCCUGGGGGAAGAAAGCUCUUCUGGUUGGGGGCAAGACAGAGCCGGGAAAUGAGAGAGUUGCAGUGUGGGCUUUUGACAUGGAGACAGAAUGUUGGUCACUGAUGGAAGCAAAGGGAGAUAUACCUGUUGCUCGAAGUGGUCACACUGUAGUUAGGGCUAGCUCUGUUUUAAUUCUCUUUGGAGGUGAAGAUAGUAAGAGGAGGAAACUCAACGACCUUCACAUGUUUGACCUUAAAUCCUUUACCUGGCUCCCUCUACAUUGCACAGGAACAGGACCAUCUCCAAGAACCAACCAUGUGGCAGCACUUUAUGAUGAUAAAGUUCUACUUAUAUUUGGAGGGACGUCGAAAUCCCGGACCCUGAAUGAUUUAUACUCGCUUGACUUUGAAACAAUGGUGUGGUCAAGAAUAAAGGUACGGGGUUUCCAUCCAUCACCUAGAGCUGGUUGCUGUGGCGUUCUCUGUGGAACUAAAUGGUGCAUAUCAGGGGGUGGAAGCAAAAAAAAGAGACAUACAGACACUUUAAUCUUUGAUGUAUUGAAACUUGAGUGGUCUGUCGCUGUCACAUCACCUCCAUCUUCUGUCACCACAAAUAAGGGUUUCAGCUUAGUGCUCGUCCAGCACAAGGAGAAGGAUUUUCUUCUUGCAUUUGGGGGAUCCAAAAAGGAGCCAUCAAAUCAGGUUGAAGUAUUGACUAUGGAAAAGAAGGAACCAUCUUUCAGGCACCGAUCCAAUGCCAUUGACUCAACCGCUAGACAAAAUCUAGCUUCUGCAAUUGAACAUGGAUCUGGAAGAAAAUCCAUUUCAGAGUCCUCGAUUAUCGAUCCAAAUCCUGCUCCUGGAAACAUUUCACUGCGCAAGCAAUUUCAUAAUGAUGAAGCCUUUGACAAGACUACUAAGAUAACCAAGACUCCAGAAGAUGAUUGCUCUACUUCUCAGGUAACAGAAAACAAGAUAAUUCAAUCUGGGACUGAAUUCCAUGGGGAGACACUGCCUGCGGUAUACGAGUAUGACAGCUCAAAUCCCUUCAAGGAAGGAGUUGGAUAUCAUCCCAUCGAURACACCGAUCUAUUCAGCGAAAACAGUGGUAAAAUAGUAACACCGUCCACUUUUUCAAGUAUAUACCAAUUCUAUGAAGCGAAAAUGGCUGCCUUGAUUAGAAAAAAUGGAGUUCUCGAAGGGCAACUGGCAGCAGCAAUGGCAAGCCGAGAAGCCGUGGAGAAAAAUUUAUCCUCUGCUCUAAAGAUCCGGCAGGAGAUGGAGAAAAGAAUAGCUGACAUGGUAAAGGAGAUGGAAAUGCUCAGAGAUAAACUAGCAGGAGUAGAAAUAGCAAAAGAAGAGGCUAACAGUCUGUCAAAUAUCGUCCACUCUGACAACGUACGACUCGAACACGAUGUUGCUUUCCUCAAAGCUGUUUUGGAUGACACCCAAAAGGAACUUCACUCUACGAGAGGGGUCCUUGCUGGAGAAAGGUCUAGGGCUUUUCAACUACAGGUGGAAGUCUUCCAUCUAAAGCAAAGACUGCAGUCCAUGGAGAACCGAGCACCGACGCCCAGGAAACCAUUCCAUAUGUAGCAAUGCAAUUUUAUGGACAUGAAUCGGCCCGAAAAGCACGGUAAGCUUCUGUACAUUAAGAUGAUUCCAGUUGUAGAUGUAGAGAUUAUUUUUGGGAUGUAACACCCUGAAAUAUCAGAGCUUAUUUGAAUCCCCAAGUCGCCUCUCUCUGUCUCUUGAAUGUAGAUUUUGGAAGAGAUUUAUUUCUCCACAAGUUCCCUUCAAUGGGCUUUUAGGUUGUCGUAACCUUAGCGGAAGGGUAGAAUUCUCCUCUUUUCUCUUGUCAUAUAGCGACAGCCCAACUGAUGUAAAGAACCCAUUUAGAAUUUCUCCACGAAGCCUUUCAUUUAUUAUCA